GCAGUUCGGCGCCGCAUGCUUGCUGUUUGUUUUGAUUUUGGGAUAUUUUCCACACAAACGGCGUAUUUUCAUUUCGUGCACGACGCAAAAUGGCUCAGGGAAAGUUGAAAGUAAAAUCGAAAGCACCACCAAACCUAAAGAAGGGCCAGGGAAACAAGAAAAAGGGAACCGCAUUUAGCAAGCGAAAAAAUGCACCAAUUCAGUCGAAGAAACACAAAUUCGAAGAGGCACACAAACUGAAGCAGGUCAUUACGAAAACAGUGAACAAGAAGAACGAGGACGAUAUACGGAAGGUUGCGUACGAAGGACAGAAGAACCUCAGCCAAGCGCAAUUGGCCGUGCAGGAACAUCAUCGCAAACAGGGCCAGAAUGAUGAGGCGGGUUCUUCGAAAUAGUUCUUCGCUAGAGACGGUCGAUAUUUCAUGUGAAUGAAAUGUAAUAUUGAGGGGAAACAAAUAUAAAGUUGGUGGGAAUAAAAGAUGUUUAUUGAACGGUAACGUU